AUGAAAUUCUUGCAAACCUGCUCCGUUCUUGCCGUUCUGGUGGCAUUCAGCAAAGCCACCUCGAUAUUAAGCCGCCUCCGAAGCGAGGAACAUCACCCGAUCUCUACGGUGGAAGACAUUCCUGAGCUCUCAGAAGGAUUUAGUUGGAGGAUUGUGGAGCGCCUUGUCGGAAAUGGCACAAGAAUUAGUCGUGUUGUGGAGCUCGAUGCCCAGUCGAACCAGCUGCAAAAGCGGGUAUUUGCUAUUGGUUGUGUUAGGAUAAGUACACCUACUACAGCCAACAUCAGCGUAAAACAACUGAUAGCUGUUGAGUUCGCACUAAGGCACUCAAAGCAUGCUGGGUUACCCCCCUUGAUCGACGACUGUAACGCCCUGAAUACCCAAGUCAAGAAUUACCAAUCAACACUUUUCGUACAGCCGGGCUACUGCCACGAAGCGACAUAUGGGACUUAG